UGGACUUUUUCCCGGGAUACCAAGCAGGUGAAACAAUGAAUUCCGCGCUCGGCGGAGGAUGGGGAGCGGCAGGACGCACCCCUGGGCUGCGCAGUGCCACUGAGCUGCACCUCCACCUCACCCCUACGCUGCCAUGGCCACUCUAGAGACGCUGCCCGUCCGCAGUGACCCGGCCUACGCCAGCCCGGACAAAUUCCACGGCUUCGCCCCCCGGCAUUCCCAGACCAUCCCCAAGAGCGCCAUGGGCAGCGUGGGCAGCGGCGUGGCCAACGAGCAGGAGUUCGCCAUGAAGAGCGUGGGCACCCGGACGCAGAGCAGCGGCCGGCAGACGGACGGGCCCCGCAACGGCUACUCGGCGCGGGACAUCUCCAACCGCUACUCCGGCGAGGAGAAGACCUACAAGUCGGAGAAAGUCUCCAACUCGCUCUACAUCAACGGCGACCUGCGCAAGAGCGAGAAGGUGAAGAUGGAYAUCUGCGGCAACGUGACCACCAACAACGAGAAGAACCUGCCGCCGCCUCCCCAGUACCGAGAGCCCGGUAACCCACCAAAGAUUUUGCCGAUCUCCGGCAAACUAGACCAGAGCAAUGAGCCCUUAGUUAGACCCUCAGCCUUUAAACCAGUAGUUCCUAAAAACUUCCAUUCCAUGCAGAACCUCUGCCCGCCGCAGAGCAACGGGAUGGCAGAGAACAGGAAGAGCUUGAACCACGCCAACAGCAAUAGCCCGUCCGCACCCAAGGGGGGACUCGACAAGAGCAGCCUUAACAGGACUACGAACCAAGGGGGCGGGGGGCUCUCAGAUUCGGGCAGGAACUCGCUAACCAGCCUGCCCACCUACGGGACGGGCUACAGCCAGCACGUGGGCCCCAUGAGCGCCUCCACCAGCCACAUCAACCGCAUCGGGACCACCUACGUGGAGAAGAACAUCGUGGGAUACAACGGGAUAUCUACCUCAGACAGCGGGCGGUCCUCGAGCAAGAGCACCUCAUCCUUCAACAGACUGAACCAUCUCAACGAAACGAUGCCUUUCCACUCGCCCUCGACCGACGAYAUCAUCCAGGACCUGGAGGACAGGCUGUGGGAGAAGGAGCAGGAGGUGCUGCAGAUGAGGAGGAACCUGGACAAGAGUGAGGCUGCUAUCUUCCAGGUGUUCGAGGAGAAGCAGAAGAUCUGGGAGAGGGAGAUGGAGGACCUGAGGCAGAACUACGCCAACAAGCUGCAGCAGGUCUCCAAAAAGGCRCAGCGGGCUCAGCAGGCUCUGCAGCUCCAGAUUUUCAAGCUCCAGCAGGAGAAAAAAAAACUCCAGGAUGACAUGGGACAACUCCUCCAGCAGCGAGAGGAGCUGGAGAAGAAAUUCGUGGCUUUCAAAAAGGAGCAGGCUGAGUUUCUCCCRAAGAUCGAGGAGACCAAGUGGGAGGUGUGCCAGAARGCWGGCGAGAUCUCCCUGCUCAAGCAGCAGCUGAAGGACUCCCAAGCCGACGUCUCCCAAAAGCUCAACGAGAUCGUGGGACUGCGGUCGCAGCUCAAGGAAGGUAAGAACUUCCUGCGGGAGAAAGAGGAGCAGAUCCUCACCCUGAAGGACUCCUACAGCUCCAAAAGCGUCAACCUGGAGAUCUGCGAGAGCGAGCUGCAGCGCAAGAUGAGCGAGGUCCAGGUGCUGCGGGAAAAACUGAACCACUGUGAGCUGGAGGUCUCCGGAUUGAAGCGGACACUUGCCAGCAUGGGACCUGGGGGKCCUUUUGGAGGGGACCUCGGGGAAAAGCUGCGGGACCCGCUGGCCUGCGAGAGCGACGAGGCCAAGAUGCAGCGGCAGAGCGAGGACAGCGUGAACACCCUGCGCAAGGAGGUGGAGCGGCUGCAGACGGAGCUGAAGCUGGAGCGGCAGCAGCGGGAGCAGCAGGUGAUGGACUUYGAGGAGGAGCGGCGCACGUGGCAGGAGGAGAAGGAGAAGGUCAUCAAGUACCAGAAGCAGCUGCAGCUGAACUACGUGGAGAUGUACCAGAAGAACCAGCUCCUGGAGCACAAGGUCAACGAGAUGAACACCAAGGCAACCAGCCCACCACACACCGAGGAGAAGAAGACAUGGACUCCCUCCAGACUCGAGCGAAUAGAGUCCACUGAGAUCUGAGGAGGGACCGAGGCGACAUGACAGAAUUUUUUAUUGCUGUGCAUGUACUACGUACUCAAGCCAGUGAUCUUCCGAAGGAUAACGCGCUCCCAUCGGAGCGGUGCGAGUGUGCUCCCACCAGGCUCCAUCACCCUUCCUCUCCACUUCUGUGCUCUGUAGGUAAAAUAACUGUGGAUGUGCGUUGGUUUUCUACUGAUAAUACGAUAUCUCGUCUGGGUUUUUUCCUAGUACAGCUGGUGAGGGUCAAUCGGCUUUUUUUGUAAUCUGCCUGGACUGUUAUUUUGCUAGAGGCUGCCACCCCCUCUCCUACAAUUCACCCUUCUUUGGUUGGUUGUUUUUGAGGGUUGUAUUCGGUUUCUUCSGUUUUCCAAGCAUUUACGUGCAGCAAAACAGUUCAAAGCGGCAGGUUUGUUGUUUUUUGGGGUUGGUUUUUUUGGUUUUUUUUUUCCAGGACGUUUUUAGCCACAUUGGCUAACAGAGCAAAGCUCUCGGGAUCAUGAGCAAACUCAAAUGUUCUGCAUCGAGUAUCCUGUCUAGACGGUGGUCUUAGUGAAGUCAGUGUGAGCUUGGCCACUGAUUUCAGUGAAACCAGACAUAUCUCUACCAGAUGACUCCCUCUUUGCCCUGGCUGCAAGAGGUUAGGACAUCCUCGAGGAGCAGGAUGAGCCUGUCCUGGUAACAGAAGCCAACAAGGAAUGAUGUCCCAGCAGGAGCCUCUCUGGAGGCUCAGCAGAGCUUAACACAUGCUGCGUUUUCAUUUCCUUGUGGUUUCCUCCUGCGGUUCCACUCCUCUCCCAGGUUGUGACCAAUCCCGGGAGCAGAAAUACCCUCCCACCUCUGCCUUGGUCCCCUUACUCUAACUCUAUAUCCAAGCAAGAAAAAAGCUUGGAAAUCCGAGCUACUUUCCCACCCCAAGAGCCCCCUUACUUCCCAAAGUCAAUGGAAUCGAGGUUUGGGGAAGCCUCCAAACCCGUGGGAUCUUUAUGCAAACYGAAGCUUUAGCAAUCUGCCCCCAAAGUGGGCAAUUGUGCCACCCUGUCCCCAAAGGAGUGACGUCUCGAUGCACUCUCUCGGUCCGGGGUUUGCUUAAAAAYGGCACUCAAGCCUCACUCAGGAGUCACAGAGGGGGCACAGCAGCAUCACAGCUGGAUUGCAGUGGUCAUCCUUGAGUGGUCAUCCUGCACAGCCAUCCCAAACAGCGCCCACGGCCAUCCCACGGGGCGCCCCACACUCCAGGAAUGGACAUCAACGCACGCCUAGCUUAAGAAAAUACUCAGCUACCAACUCSGAGCGUGAAAAGAGUCGUAAGAGGGGAAAAUGCUUAAGAUCACGCAAGUGCUUAUGYCCUGGCAGAACAAUAAACCAAAUCCUAUGUGUGCAGUCACUGAGGCAGCAAAAACUGGUGUUCUGCUUGAAAAUGUGGGCAAAGUGAGCUUGGUUCUCCCUGGACAUUUUUAACCAYGAUUCACAAUAAAGAGAAGGAAAAUGUUGCAAAGUGGAGUUUGCACUUGCUGGGG